AUGGUCGGCCCAAUGGUGCUUCAGUUGUCUGAAGAUCCUUCUGACUCAGUCAUUGAAAGGUCAGGAAAACAUGAAGCACUUGAGCAUUGUGUUGGGCAGAUCCGGUGCUUGAUCGAGAAGCUUCUUGAACAUCAAGGGGUCGAAGGGUUUUUAGCCCAUCCGCCGAGUCCAAACGCCUUCUCAGACAACUCGGAACCAAAUGUCGAUUCUCUCUUUUCUCUGCCCAAAGUGCUGGCUCCUGUUGAAGAGCCACCAGAGCUGGUGAAGGAAACAGAAAGUCCAGACUUGGAAACUCACGCAGUGAUGCAAUGUCGAAGUGUCAAGUCUGGCGCUUCCCACCGAUCUGCAGAACAAGCAGUGUCGGAGCAUGUCCCCUCCAGUGAGAGGGGCGAAGGGCUCCGGGGACAGACACGUCGUGUCAGCACAGCGGGUCUUUCAGUUCUAUCUGUGCCCUCACAGAAUGCCCGAGGUGGAGGUCGGAAACGAGAUCGCACCAUCACUGGAAUGAGCACUCGCUGCAAGGUGUCUAGCUCUCCAGAUGAUCGUCGCUUUGAAGUGCGAGAAGGGUGGGACAUGAUGAACGGUUCUUUCUUCGUGAAGACCUUUCAACCGACUUUCUACAGUUCAGAGAAUGGACGCGGAUCGCUUUCAACAAGGAUGGAUCGCUUUCGACGAAUUUGGGCUGGGAUAGCCGUCUUCCUCAUCGCACGUGAUUGCAUCGCGGUUCCUUUGAUGCCGUUUGGAACAGAUUUCAGUUUUUGGUCUUUGGAGAUCUUGGCCGCGAUCUUUUGGACCUUCAAUCUUCCCAUCAGUUGCUUCUUAGCUCGCUCCAAAGCCACUGUUUGGUGGCUAUUCUUGACACAGACGUUUGUGGAUCUGGCAUUGUUGGCUCCAACCUACGUGGAUUUGCUUUCAAUUGGGACUUAUUCAAGCGUGCAAGUGUGGCUCAGGAUCCUCCAAUUGGGCCGGGUACUUCAGGUGCCUCAUUGGUACCGCAUCACUGGUAUGGCCGGCCAAGUGAGGGAGUGGCUACGUCACCGUAGCCGAGAGUUUAGAGCUUGCUGGAAUGGAAUGUGGUUGAUGGUCUUGGGCGGCAUGUUUCUUCAUGCUGUGACCUGUGCUUGGUUCUUUAUCGGUAAUUUCCCAGAGGGCUGGGUGCAUGAGGAGCAAGGAUUCGAAGGUGAAACUUGGCUUCAGCAGUACAUCCGGAGCUUUGAGUGGGCAAUUUCAAGGCUACCCCCCUCACAUCUUCCUGAAAACAUGCAACUCAAGACCAGGGCUGAGCGCUUCUUAGCAAUGUUUGGUACUGCUUCGAUGAUGCUCUUUGGGGCCAUUAUCACUUCUAUCGUCACCAAUGACAUGUCAGAUAUUCGUCGAGUCCGGAGGGAGAACAAAGAGGCGGAGUUUCAAGUUCUGGAUUUCUCCUGGAACUUUUCGAUUGGCUACGACCUGCAGGACAAGGUACAGAGAUAUUUGCAGCUCAGCGCUUUGAGGGUGCGCUAG